GCUCAACGUAACAUCCAAUAUUCUUACACAUCACUUUCUCCCUCCAUUAAUUCUAAUUUUCUCUGAUUUUUUUUUCCAAUCACACAAUUACAACUGUACUUUCCUUUCCAACAUUAUUCCCUGUUUGUUUUUCUUCAAGUCAGCCUUCCUUUUUCAAAAAGUCUUCCCUCCUAAACCCCAUUUUCUACCCCCUACUACCCUUCCAUAAUCACCAUCCUUUCUCUCUCCAAACACACCUUUAUCACUCUGUUUUUCCUACCCUUUAUUAUAAGGGUACCUUACCUCAAUUGGGUAUCUUUAUUAGGUAAUUAACCAAGUCCAAAGUUUGAAUCUUUAACUAAUACUUGCCAAUUGGGUAUUUUUCUGAAAUUUUCAGAAUUUGAGAUUUUGAGGGUUUCUUGUGGAAUUGGAGCUUAUUUUAAAGACUGGGUCAAAUCAAAACCCAGUUUUUUUGGGGGCAGUUUUUGUUGAAUUUUGGUUGUAAACUAUGUUUGGUGUUUGAUGAAAGACAGAGAAAAUGAAUGAUUAUUGGUGGACCAAUGGGUUCUUUACAUGGAGCAUGCUGCUUUUACUAGCUAUUUUCCAGCUCAAUUUCAUCUUUUCUUCUUCUCUCAAUCAUGAAGGAAUUGCUCUAUUAAAGUUUAGAGAAAGAGUGGUAAAUGAUCCAUACAAAGCACUGUCAAGUUGGAAGGAGGAAAAUGGAGAAGCAAACCCCUGUUCAUGGUUUGGAAUUGGGUGUGUUGGUGGACAUGUUGUUUCCUUGAACUUGAUAAAUCUUUCCCUUGAGGGAACACUAGCUCCGGAACUUCACCAAUUGCUACACAUAAAGUCUAUCAUAUUAAGGAACAAUUCCUUUUCUGGAUUCAUACCUGAAGAAUAUAGAAAUUUGAAAGAGUUGGAGUUGCUAGACUUGGGUUACAAUAGAUUUUGCGAACCAAUUACACACGAAAUUGAACAAAACAUCCCAAACCUCAGUUUAUUAAACAACAAUGGAUUAUCCUGCCACAUGUCUCCUGAUGUAGAAGAUACGACGCUUCUUGAAAUUCAUGAAGAUAAGAGCCAGCUGAGAAAUUAUCUGGAAGUAUUUGCACAUCCCAGGCAAAAUGAUCAUGCAGAAGAGGUUGUACAUUCAAGGAUACUACAGGAGCAACUUCAAAGUGAAGCUCAAGGUUCUGAGCAACUAUUUACACCUGAUGAGGCACGUGCAGGUGGUGAAGCUAAUCAUGAUCAUUCUGCUGGAUCUCCAGAUGGAAAGACCCCACCAUUUCUUAGGCGAGAACCCCCACCCCCACCCCCACCCCGACCAGAUUCUUUACCAAGGUUAAUUCCAGCACCUAAUUUGACAAAUGAAUCCCCACCACAACCACCGCCUCCACAAACUCCCCCUACUUCAUCAGCUGAUAAUUCAAGUAAUAAGUUAAUUCCAAUAGUGGCUGGAGCAGUGGGCGGAUUUAUUGCAUUGAUUCUAGUUAGUUUGUUAUUAUUCCUAUUACGAGGCAACAGGAUCAGAAAGGCAACAGGAUUGAGUGGUCAGCUUAAGAGACCAUUUGUUGCAGGUAAUGAUAGAUCAGAUGGACUCAGCAGUGAUAAACCAAGCUUUAUUGAAGGGAUGCCAAAUCUGAAGAGGUCUGAGCUUAUAACUGCUUGUGAAGAUUUCAGCAAUGUUAUUGGAUCAUCAUCUAUUGGUACCAUAUACAAAGGAACAUUUUCAAAUGGAGUUGAAAUAGCCGUUAUAUCUCUUGUUGCAACUUCUGCCAAGGAUUGGUCAAGAAAUCUGGAAACACAGUUCAGGAAGAAGAUUGAGACUUUAUCAAUGGUGAACCACAAAAAUUUUGUCAACAUUAUAGGCUAUUGUGAGGAAGAGGAGCCGUUCACUAGAAUGAUGGUUUUUGAAUAUGCUCCAAAUGGCUCACUCUUUGAGCAUUUGCAUGUAAAGGAAGCCGAACAUUUAGAUUGGGCUAUGCGGUUGAGGGUUGCAAUGGGAAUGGCAUACUGCCUUGAGCAUAUGCACCAACUAACACCACCAGUGACUCACCCAAACCUCAACUCAUCAGCUGUGAACCUCUCUGAAGAUUACGCAGCAAAAAUUUCUGAUUUCUGCUUUUGGAAUGAAGUGGUUGUUCCACGAGUGCAGCCUUUGGCUAUUGGCUUGAGCAGUUUAAGCACAACACCAAUUACCCCCGAGAGCAAUGUCUACAGUUAUGGCUUGUUGCUUCUAGAAAUGAUGACUGGUCGUAUCCCUCAUUCUGUGGAGAACAACUCACUUGAUGGUUGGGUGUUGGAGUAUAUGAAAGGGGAGAAACCUAUUAAAGAAAUGGUUGACCCCAUGUUAAGACAUUACAAACCUGAGCAGCUUGAUAAAAUUAGUGAGGUAAUAAGAAAAUGUCUUCAUUCUGAACAAAAUAGACUGACAAUGAUUGAAGUUACUGCAAGAUUGAAAGAAAUAACAGGCAUUAUACCGGAUAAAGCUGUACCACGAUUCUCCUCUCUUUGGUGGACAGAACUUGAUGCUCGUUCUGUAAAUGGAACCUAGAAGUUAUAAUACAUGGUUUUUGAGUGUUUUUGCUGGUUUUAUUUAUCUCCAAAUAUAAAGCAGUCACAUUUUUUUCAUUUGCUUGUUACAGUACAAAUUUAGCAUGUAAAGUUUGAUGUUGUAUUUAUGAAGUAUGUAGUACACUUGAUGAUUCUAUAUUGCUAUAACUAUAUGAAGUUCUAUAUUUUUUCCAAAAAAAAAGAAGAAAAAAAAUC